AAAUUUUAUUCAUCUACCGUAUGAGGUAGGUUCUCAUUUUAUAAAAUACAACUUGUUUAUUCGAAUUUAUUUCAUACCAAAAUUUUUGUUCGAGCAGUUAUCUUCGAAUCAUGGAUUUAACUACGUUUAUCGAGAGUAAUAGUACUUUCUCCCUAUCUCUCUUUCUGUAAAUAAUGAAAUUUAAUGUAAAUACAUGAUAUAUAUAUAUAUUGUUUAGAGAUUUCUAAGGUGUACAUUAUACAGGCUAUUCUAUUUGAGUUAACUAUUUCGGACGAUCUAAGGAUGAUUAAUCAAUAUUUAUCUUCGCAGGAUACUUUAUUAUUAUCAUGAUCGAACUUUUCUAUAGGAACGUGUACAUACGACAAAUGAAUCCGCAAUAUGUUUUCGUAUUAAUUUAAGUCUGAGCGUAAAUCGAAGUAAUCUAUUUUUCGAAUUGUUUCAAUAGUUAGCCAAUUGAGAGUAGCCUUUCAAAGCUAUGUGAUGCCCAAUUUCCAUCGAGUAAUUUCGUCGAUUGACCAUUUUUAAAUGCGCUUUUUCCGAUCUUGUACGUGUGCGCUUAUAUCUGAUUUAUAAUGAAUAUGUCAUUGAAAUGCUGUAGUAUAUUCUGAUCCUUUGAAAACGAUUCAAUUCGCAAUAUCAAUUUUAUAGUUUUGGGAAUGGUAUAUGUCAUUAUGAAUUAUUGAGAGGAAAUUGGGUGAUAAAUAUUCAAGAGUGUAUCCAUUACUCUAUGAAUUGAUGUGAGAAAAAUUAGAAGAUUUUUCUAAAGCAAUAAUUUAUUUGAGUUUUUUUGUAGAGAACUUUAUGUAUACGAUCGUACUUCUUGUUUUUAUAGUCUUCCUUGACUGAAAUCUUGUUGAUUAUAUAGUAGAUUACUUAAAAGACAUUGGGAUAAGAAAAUGUAAGAAAUUGUAUGGGAUGGGAUGUAUAAUUUUAUUUUUUCGAUGUCGAUGGAAAAUGGGCAAGAAUAUCAACUACGCACAACAGUGAAAGUGUAGAUCAUACAUAAUCCAACUUAUUGUACAUAAUACACUAUACAUAAUUAUUCAUUUAGGAAACAUACGUCGUGUAUGUAAGCAGAACGCAAAACAAACUAUGUACAUUGUAAAACCAUUUAUUAUAUGGAUAGGAUACAGAUAGUAUUUUCUGCUGUCAAUUCUUCAACUAAGACUGUGAUUUUUAAAUAUACUAAUGGCUAGGUAGAUACAAUACAUAUUAAUUGAAUAUGAUAAAAUAAAGAAUACGAAAGAAAAUAUUCAAGACAUGUGCAUUAUUUCAAUUCAUCAUCCUUUCGUUUUUCAGAGUCAUUUCCCGAGUUUUCUUAUGUUUUACAGUUAGAUCAAAUGAUUCCCGCUUAUUCCCGUUGUAGCAGUACCUAUAGUUCCAAAUUUUCACCUGGGGGGACAGAAAGCUCAAAAUCAAAUUAUUUCAAUAAAAAAUAAAAUGACAAACAUAUGUUCUUGCUAUACUAACUAUAUUUAAAUGCUUAAAUUAAAUUCGAAACAAUUGAAAACACUUCUGGAUAAGAACGUAUUUGAGUGAAUUUUAUUGAAUGCUUUUACACAGUUGUCAGUGAACUACAAUAAUAUCGUGUAAGGAUGGAAGUUAUUGAGCUUGUUUCGGAUGAUGAAGCAUCUGUGGAGAAAACCAAGAAGAAUAAAGAUCCUCUGGCUUGUAACGUUAAUUGCAUCAACUUUCAAUGUUCUUCUGGAGUGGAUAUGAAAUUAGCAUCGUCCUUUGCCUGUGUAUUUUAUGGAGUAAAUAUGAAGAAAAAGAAAAAGCGAAUGAUCUGUACAGAAUGCUUCAAUGCUGCAUUGGAACAUCAGAAGCAACUAGUAGCAGCUUUUUUGGAUCACAAACCACUGUUAAAAUGUAAUUUUCCUGACCGUACGAACGAAGUAGAAAUUUCUGAUAGCGACGAUUCGGAUGAUGAGAAAAGAAAAAGCACGUGCGACGAAGAAAAGUAUUUGCCAGAAGAAAUGGUUGAGACUAUAGGAGAAUUGUUAGACAGUACAGUAGACAGUAUUUUUAAAAAAUAUGACAUAGAUUAUCAAAUUAAAGAGUCUCACAAUAUAUUGAAAGAUCAAUGGAGUCGUAUGGAAGAAGAGAACAAAGCUUUGGACAAAACGGUAGAAUCUUUAAUGAGUACAAUGGACACGUUACGCAAUAGAUUCUACGAUGAAUUCAAGCCACAGAUUCAGAUGCUCCAAGAGCUUCAGAUAGACGAUGGAUGCAUGAAUAAUACACUUCACCCAUUAGUUGCGACUAAGAAAGUCACGCAAGUAAAAGUAGCUCCUUCAGUGGACAGUCAACCGGAAGUUUUACCAAUUGAACAGGAGAACAGACAAAUCGUAGUUAUAGAUUUACCACCGAUUGGCCCACUGGUCAAAGUUCAGAUAGAAGUAGAUAGCAUUGUUUAUAUUAUGAAACAUCCGCUCAUGCCAUGGAUCAAAGGGAAGGUGCAAACCGUAGUAUCAAAAACUCCUGUGCACUGUCGGGUUAAAUUGUUACCGAAGAAAUAUAAUUCUGUUGUCAAGUCGGUUUCCGGCAAGCAAAUUGCAGCAGCUGUCGUUAGCCCGGUAAUCAUACCGAUUGGCACUCGAGUAAUUGCAAUGUUUAAAGAUAUGAAUUCGAGUAAUUUUUAUUGCGGUGUUAUAGCAGAGCCACCGAAAGCCACUAAUAAAUAUAGAUAUUUGAUAUUCUUCGACGAUGGGUAUGCUCAAUAUGUCGAGCACAAACUCAUUUAUCUGGUCGCAGAAUCUGCUAGCAAAGUUUGGGAAGAUAUACCGACUGAAUCUCGAGAGUUUGUAAAGAAAUAUAUCGAAAUGUAUCCAGAACGACCGAUGGUGAAAUUGCAGAGAGGGCAAGUAGUGAGGACGGAAUGGAAUGGGAAAUGGUGGAUAGCAAGAGUGGUUCAAGUUGAUGCAAGUUUGGUACAGAUGCACUUCGAUGCAGAUGGAAGAACAGAAUGGAUCUACAGAGGUUCUGCUAGAUUAGGACCUUUAUAUGUCGAACUGUUAAAAGCCAAUGCUAGACAACAUGGACAUCAUGCGUCCGUCGGAACACCGAGUCGACAUCGACUGCCUGUUGCAUCCAAUAAAAGUAAUUUACCAUAUGUGGAAUAUACGUCGAAUGUAGAACCUGAAGAUGAAAGACUUCACGAAGAAGAGAAAGAAGAGAGUCCAGCGAGUGAAAGUAUGCCUAGUGCACCGCAGCAAUCGCGCGCCGUCGCUAGAAAAAGCACUACCAAAAGACAGCCUGUCCCGGAUACGACUUCUUACAAUCCUCUCGCAGAAACGAAACCUUCUCAUAGCAUAGUUUACUAUCAAACGCAGAAUAAAAUUCAGACAAAAAAGUUCGUUCCACAUAAAUGUGGUCCGCAAUGCGUCGAAGGAAUAUCUUUCACACCCGACGAUUUAAGAGGAUAUUCGCCUCUAUCGAUACCGUUACUUUGCGGAUGGAACAGACAACUUUGUAAAUAUCCAAAAGGCAAAAAGAUCACGUUAUAUCAAGCUCCGUGCGGUGUCAGAUUACGAAAUAUGGAAGAAUUGCAUCAAUACCUGCGGAGAACUGGAAGUCCGAUGUCGGUCGACCUAUUCGAUUUCGAUUACUGGGUGCACUGUUUAGCGGAGUUUGUUUUGGACAAGUGUUUCAUCAACAUAAAGGAUUUGAGCUAUGGCGUAGAGAAUGUUCCGAUACCAUGUGUAAACGAAUUAGAUCACACGCAACCUGAUACUAUAAGAUACAGCACUCAAAGGGAACCAACGGAAGGCGUUAAUCUCAAUCUUGAUCCGGACUUCUUGUGCAGCUGCGACUGCGAAGACGACUGUCAGGACAAGACUAAAUGCCAGUGUUGGCAGUUAACGAUACAAGGCGCUACUCUAGGUGGGCGAGUACCGAACACGGCUGUUGGUUACGUCUAUAAACGUUUACCGGAGCCGGUCACCACUGGUAUCUAUGAAUGUAAUUCCAGAUGUAAAUGUGCUGUGAAAACUUGUUUGAAUAGAGUAGUGCAACAUCCGUUAACGUUGAAAUUACAAGUGUUCAAAACCGCUCCCCGGGGUUGGGGUAUACGAUGUCUCAACGAUAUUCCGCUCGGAUCGUUUAUCUGUAUAUACGCUGGUAGAUUGCUUACGGAACAGGGAGCUAACGAAGGCGGUAAGAAUUAUGGGGACGAGUAUCUGGCAGAGUUGGAUUACGUAGAAGUGGUGGAAGGUAUUAAAGAAGGUUACGAGAGCGACGUUCUUGAACCGGAAAUGCCAUUAUCUACUCCGGAAGAUAAAAAUAAAUUGCUCACCAGCGAGGAUGAAGACACCUCAAAAACGAAUGCAGAUUCCGACGAAGAUUUCAAUAUUAGUAAAUACGUGAAUUUCAACGUGGACUCUGCGGGACCUUCAUCUAUUAGAAAGAGAUUGAGAAAGCGUAAGCGGGAUGACGGUAAUCAAGACGGAUCUGAAGAGAAUAGCGAGGAUGGAAGCGGUAUUAAGAUUCCUGACAGUACUUCGAAGUCUACCAACGAGAGUCGAUCGAACGAAGAUGGAAUUAUUAUGAGCGAUGAAGAAGAAACUAGGGGCGGUAGACGUGAACCAAGCAGAUUCGAACCAACGGUCGAGCCACCGCAGAUCAACGAAUCGAAAUUCAAGUCUGUGCGGGAUUUCUUUGGGGAGGAUGAGGCUGUGUAUAUAAUGGACGCGAAAACAACGGGUAACAUCGGACGCUAUUUAAACCAUUCGUGCGAUCCGAACAUUUUCGUGCAGAAUGUGUUUGUCGAUACGCAUGACGUGCGAUUCCCGUGGGUGGCGUUUUUCGCUUUAAAUUACAUAAGAGCAGGUCAGGAAUUAACGUGGAAUUAUAGUUACGAUGUUGGAAGUAUACCAGGUAAAGUAAUCAUUUGUAAAUGUGGUGCGUCUAAUUGCAGAGGUCGACUUUUAUAA